GUUUUACAUAGCAUUAUCAUAUAUAUUAGUAUAUAUUAGUUGAAAAAAGUUUAAAUGUGCUUUAUAGAUGUAGCAUAUUGAUUUACUUUAAAUAACUCCACUUUGAAGAAAUGCAAAACUACUGAUAUUAAUGAAAGGUCAACUGUGUGUGUUAUACCAAUAAAAUAACAAGAGUAAUUGUUAAGUAAUCAAAUCUUUCAUAAUCUUCAAGUUAAACUUUUAAAAUUCAAAGUGCAAUUAUUUCUGACAUAUUUAUAGUGAUAUAUUAAUUAAUUUUAUAGAUUUAUUCCUUUCUUUGUUGUAAACUGGACUAACAUUUUAAGUAUUUACUGCUUUCUGAGAGUUUAGGAUUUUCAUGCUCAGAUUUCUGUUCAGUUUGCAUAUUUCAUAUUUUUGAAGACUACUGAAACCUGCACACUACUGAUGAUUGUGCCAGAAAGAGUUCUAUUGUGAGCUUGCACAUAUAGCUUUGUGUAACAAGUGAUUGCCCAAAUACUCCUGACUAUCCAGACGGAAAGUUCUCAAUCUUUUUUUGGACGCACACUGUCAAUAUUUAAUCUAGAAUAAAUACUAGAAAGGGCAAUUUGUACUUAAACUGCGAUGUUUAGCUCACUGCUUCCUUUGUAUGUGCAACUCCUCAUUAAAUCAUUUUACAGUAAAGUUUCAUUUCACAUGAUUAACGUCAGUAAGAUUCGUUGAAGUAAUAAAAUUUGUUUUGUUUUGAGUACUUAAUCGCUUUGCAAAACUGGACUGGUGACAUGUCCAAGUGGUACCCUGCAUCUUGCCUGUUGACUGCUGGAGAAAAGUAAUGCUAUUGCAGCCAUGCAAGGACUGACUGACUAGAUGGAUGGAUGGAUUUUCUGAGAAACCAAUAGAAAAUAAAGAUUUACAUCUCUGUGUGUUGAAUGUAUAUGAGAUUCACUUUUUGCAUAUGUCAUCUGUUUUUCAAUGCACCUUGGAUCCGAUUUGAUGGUGCAAUCAGCUUUCAGGGUAUAGCAGGUCUAAAGUCUGCAGCUUUGGGAAAUCUACAGUUCAAGGUGUGCCACUGUUCUUGUGCACAAGCGCUUGGUUGUACCCUGUCUCUUCGUUAUUCUGACUUAGCAAAUGAUCAACUAAUUCAAUCGCUGCCAUAUAUCAUAUCUCAGCGCCGUACUAGUCGGACGUUCUUCAGUAGUUCUGACUGCUAGGCUGAGGUAAGAUGAAUUUGGAGGACUACUUCCAAAGAAUAGGCUUCCAUGGCCCUUCUGAUAAAAUGGAUCUCGCAACUUUGAAGUCCAUCCACAAGCUGCAUGUCAUGUCAAUCCCUUUUGAAAACCUCAGUAUUCACUGUGGAGAGUGGAUCACCAUGGACCUGGAGACUAUUUUCAAUAAGGUGGUGAGGAGCAGCCGUGGAGGCUGGUGCCUUGAGAACAACUACCUAUUUGGAUGGGUGCUGAGAGAAAUGGGCUUCAAUUCCACAAUCUUGGGUGGCAGAGUUUUCAACACUAUCACCAAUGACUUUCCACCUGGGGAGAAUCAUCUCAUCAACAAGGUUAUCAUUGAUGGGAAGGCUUAUAUAGCAGAUGUAAGCUUUGGGGUCUCAUCUCAGAUCUGGGAGCCGCUGGAGCUCAUCUCUGGAAAGGACCAACCGCAGGCAGCAGGUGUGUUUCGACUUACCAAAAAGGAGGACACGUGGAUCCUGGAGAAGACAGGCAGGACACCAAAGGUUCUCAAUCCAGAAUUUGCCAAAUCCAGCCUGGUGAACAGGAAGCAAACGUAUCAGAUCUUCUGCUUCACCUUGCAGCCUCGAGAGCCAGAACAUUUCGCAGAAAAAAGCCACACACUUCAAACAAAUCCAGCCUCUCUGUUCACUAACAAGUCCAUCUGCUCGCUGCAAACACCGACAGGAUUCAAAGCUCUGAUUGGCUGGACCUACAGUGAGGUCACCUACAAACCUGAGGAAGGGGUGGAUUUGUUGGAUAUGAGAAACAUAACUGAGGAUGAGCUUGAUCAAAUCCUGAAGGAGCAGUUUAAUGUAAAGACACAGAAUAAAAUGAAGCCUGCAAACAAAAAGGUGUCCUACACAAUCUAGAAGAUACCAAAUAACCUUGUGCUUUGGCUUUUAAAUGACUGCAUUGAAUGUGUUUAUUACAUGACAAAACCAAAUAUCACAAAAGAAUGUACCAAAGUUGGGGCUUAUCGUGUAUUUUUAGCAGAUGUUCUUCCUUGGUUUUUAUUCAGAAUGUAAACUGCUAAAUAACGUCAAUAUAUUUGUGUAAUGCCUUUAUUUUGUACAAAUCUUAUAUGAAAAACCUGUGUUCUUUUUUUAAGACAGGAGAAAAUUAAAUCCUAACAAUUCAACA